AUGGACAAGUUCUUAAAGCGCAAGAAUGAGCUUGCGGCCCUAGAAAAUGUAGGUUCCAAACCACUGCCAGCACCACCAAUUCUUCCCGAAGAAGAUAGCUCUCCCACUGAUCCGCUUUUUAGGUUUUUGAAAUCUAAAAAUGCCGCCAGAGCUCUGAACGAAAAGGUGGAUUCAACCAAAUCUUUAAAUCAUUACCUUAGUCAGAGCCAUAAAGUGCAAGAUCCUCUUGAGUUUUGGAAGAACUGCGCAGAAGACACUAUUGGUCUGCAGACAUUGGCGAAGCGAUACUUGACUAUUCCAGCUACGUCUACAGAGUCUGAACGUAUGUUCAGCAAAGCAGCGGAAGUAAUUUCCACAAAAAGAACUUUGCUAAAGCCGGAAAAUGUAAACCGGCUAUUGUUUUUGAACAAAAACGUGGACCUGUAG